AUGGGCCAGAAGAAUUCCAUCUUCGAUAUGAAGCUCAAAGCGAAGGAGUGGCAGUGGGAGCUUGGACGGGAGGCCAAGCACCUGGACAAAGAGAUUGCCAAGAUCCAGAAAGAUGAGGCCAAGCUCCAAGAUCAGAUCCGGCUGCAGGCCGAGAAGGGCAACGUCGAAGCAGUGCAGCUCCUUGCAAAGUCCGUGGUGAAGACAAGGAAAGCAGUACAGAGGCUGGAGAAAACGAAGGCCUCGAUGGAAGCGGUGAAGCUGCAGCUCACCACGCACAUGGCCUCCAUUUCCACCAGCGCAUCCAUCCGCCUCUCAUCGGACAUCAUGCGCAAGAUGAAUACCAUCGCACGUAUCCCGGAGAUCAGCGAGACCAUGAAGGAUAUGCGGAUGCAGAUGGCGCAGUGUGCUGAUGCCGAGGACAGCAUCGAGGAAGCCUUACGCGAGGACGGCGAGGAGUACGAGGCGGCCACGGAAGUGCAGAAGGUCCUUGAGGAGAUGGCCUUGGACCAACUCGGCCCGCUCUCACGGGCAGCAGCAGUCCCAAGUACUGCGGCAAAAGUACAGGCACCCGAGCCGGAGAAGGAAGCGCCGCAGAGGCAGCUGAUUGCUGUCGGGGAGUCGGCAGAGCCCGCCAAGCCGCAGGUGCCACCCCCGCAGGCACCGCAGGCACCACCUCCACCGCCCCCGCCACCUGCACCUGCAGGCUACGCAGGUGCUCCUGCACCGGUGCUUCCGGCAGCCCCGGCCGGAGCCCCGGCCGGAGCGGCCGCCGGAGCGGCCGCAGGCGAUGACGACUUCCUGAAACGACUGGAAGCAGCUUCUGGUGCCCCAACGGCUCCUGCGCCCGGCACGGCCUCAUCACCGACAGGUGGCAACAGUGCAGGAGGCGGCAGCAGCGCGGACGACGAUCUUAUGAAGCGUCUCGAACUGCUGAAAAAGCCGUGA